AUGGACAAACGAAGAUGGGAGGACUUGGAAAUGGACUGCUUGGUCAAAGUGUUGGAGAAAGUUGGAAAGGAGUCACUGCUUUUGGAUGUCCCUUUUGUGUGCAAGUUGUGGUACAAGGCGACCCUCAAUCCCUCAUGCUGCGAAUGUAUUGAAGUCUGGCCUUGGGAUGUGUCUGAAUGUCCGAAUUUUCAAAAUCUUAUGGACAGAUUUGUGAGUGAGUAUCAAAUUGACGGGGAUCGUUGCUCUGUCACCGCUUUGCUAAAGUUUGUGAUCAAUCGGAGCAGCGGAAAUGCUACUGUGCUCAAGCUUCCCAAAUGCUGCACAGUAGAAGCCUUUGAAUUUGCUGCAAAUGUCAUUUUUGUUGUUGUGGAAUGUGUGCAGUGUCCUGGCCUUGUGACUUUGAGUUUACCAGGAGAUGCAUUGGACAGCAAACACACGAACCUAGAGCUGAUUGGCAAGUGGAAACAUUUGGAGGUGUUAUCAUUGGGUUAA